CGAUGAGUUGUUUCCAAUGUUGCAUGUCCGAAGAGAAAGUCGCCAGAAAGUCCUUGAAAAAGAGCAUAAAGGAAUACCAUGACACCAAAACAUUGAACUCCUUUGCUAACAUCUCCUUCAAAACUGAUAGCAGUAGGAGAAAGUACAUUACCGAUGAAAUAGCAAAGAUAGGCAAAGGAAAUAUUGCCGCUCGGAUUUUUACUUACCGCGAAUUAUGUGUUGCAACUCAAAACUUCCAUCUUGAUAAUCUGAUUGGCGAAGGGGGUUUUGGAAGAGUGUACAAAGGCCACCUUGAAUCCACCAACCAAGUGGUUGCUGUUAAGCAAUUAGACAGAAAUGGAUUCCAAGGAAACAGAGAAUUUCUUGUAGAAGUUUUGAUAUUGAGUCUUAUUCAUGCUCCCAACCUUGUCAAUUUGGUGGGAUAUUGCGCCGAUGGUGAUCAGAGAAUUUUGGUGUAUGAGUACAUGGCCAAUGGUUCCCUAGAAGAUCAUCUACUCGAUAUAUCCCCAGACAAAAAGCCCUUAGAUUGGGAAACUAGGAUUAAAAUAGCAGCUGGAGCAGCAAAAGGACUUGAAUAUCUACAUGAACAAGCAAACCCCCCUGUAAUAUACCGUGAUUUUAAAGCAUCGAACAUACUGUUAGACGAAAACUUCAAUCCGAAACUAUCUGAUUUUGGCCUCGCAAAGCUUGGUCCAACUGGGGAUAAGACUCAUGUGUCUACCAGGGUGAUGGGAACCUAUGGAUAUUGUGCACCUGAAUAUGCUCUCACAGGCCAACUGACAACAAAAUCCGACAUUUAUAGCUUUGGAGUUGUAUUUUUGGAGAUAAUCACAGGGAGGAGAGUUAUAGACAACAACAGACCAACUGAAGAGCAAAAUUUGGUUACUUGGGCACAACCAUUGUUUAAGGACAGAAGAAAAUUUACAUUGAUGGCAGACCCAUUACUAGAAGGGAAUUAUCCCAUAAAAGGCCUUUACCAAGCACUUGCAGUCGCAGCUAUGUGUCUUCAAGAAGAAGCUGCAACUCGGCCUCUAAUCAGCGAUGUUGUAACAGCUUUAGAAUUUCUAUCAGUAGAUCACCAUGGUGAAGAGGGUAAUGGAAAUGAGGAGAAUAUUGAUGGUGCAGAUGAGGAGGGUGUUAAAGAAGAAAUCUCCAAUGCAUGUUAA